CAUCGAACAAUUACAAAAUGAAGGUUCUAUUAAUUUCGGUAUUCGCGGUGCUUUUCGUCCUGGUUGCCUCCAGGCCAAACGGAUUUGGAUGGCGUCGCAACUAUGGCGGCUGGGGAGGAAAUGGAAAUGUUCAGCAUGGAGACUGGAAUUCCAAUGGACACCGAUGGAACGGUAACUUUGGAGGACUGCACAGGGAUGAGAAUGGCUGGCACAGGGACGAGCAGUGGGAUCACCAUUAUGAACACAAACAUCACGGCAUGCGCACUGAACAACCAACACCACCGACAACAUCUGAAGCUCCAGUGGAGUCAACCGGGGCACCUGCUCCAGUCGAGACCACGCCAGAAGCUCCUGUUGAAUCUACACAGGCUCCAGAGGAGUCCACCACUGAAGCUCCAGAGAAAACCACUCAGGCACCAGUGGAAUCCACAACCGAAGCUCCUGAGGAGACUACCCAGGCAUCUGAAGAGCCCGAAGAAACGACGACGGCCGAAGAUUCAACCACCGACGGAACUGACGAAACAACUGUGGUUCCCGAAGAGCCAGAAGCAUCAACUCAAGCACCUGAUAGUCUGCCGGAAGAGACUACGCUGGCACCAGAAGAACCCGAAGAUUCUACAACCGACGGUUCCAGCGAAACAACUCAAGUGACCGAGGAUCCCGAGGAGUCCACAACCUUGAGCACGGAAGAGCCAGAAGAAUCCACCGUUGUAACAGAAGAGCCCGAGAAUACGACAACUGAAGGCUCCGGAGAACCCGCUGAGUCAACGACAGAAGCUGAGGAGGGAAGCGGAGCAACGAGUAGAUAAGAAAGCUCUCUCACUAUAAGCAACACGACAUUAAAACCUUGAGAUAUGGUAUAUCAAAUCAUAUUUCUUAGAAUUUCAUUAUUUAUUUAAUGUUAUCGAGUAGAUAGCCAACAAUCAACCAAAUGUGCCAAUGGUUUCUAAGUUAAGAAUCGCAAUUUAAUUGCCUACUAUAAGUAGUUGGUGAUAUUCAAAUUAUACGAUUAACAAAUCAAA